AUGCCACCUGUUUCAUUGACCGGUGAUGCUCCUAAGAAGAGUCUCCGUGUGGCCAUAAUAGGUCAGAGCACAUUUGCAGCGGAGGUGUUCAAGCUGCUGCAGAAAGAUGGUCAUGAAGUGGUCGGAGUGUUCACUGUACUGGAUAAGGGGAACCGGGAAGACCCACUAGCCACAAUUGCUGCUCAGAACGGCAAACCGGUGUACAAAUACAAGACAUGGAGGGUCAAAGGUCAGGUGAUACCCGAAGUAUUGGAACAGUACAAAUCUGUAAACGCCGACAUCAACGUCCUGCCAUUCUGCACUCAGUUCAUCCCCAUGGAAGUGAUCACCCAUCCCAAGUACGAGAGCAUCUGCUACCACCCCAGUAUUCUGCCAAGGCAUAGAGGAGCUUCGUCUAUUAACUGGACCUUAAUAGAGGGUGACACAACCUGCGGCUUGUCCAUCUUCUGGGCUGACGACGGCCUGGACACCGGCCCGAUCCUCCUUCAGAAGAGCUUCCCAGUAACUAUUGAUGACACAGUCGAUUCUAUCUACAACAAAUAUCUCUAUCCUGAAGGUAUCAAAGCCUUAGCUGAGUCAGUAAAUAUGGUAGCAAAUAACACCGCGCCCAGGAUUAAGCAAACCGAAGAGGGAGCCACUUACGAUCCCGCUCUCUUCAAGGCAGAGACACACCAGAUUGACUGGACAAAGGGAGGUGUAGCCCUCCACAACUUCAUCCGAGGCCUCGACUCCUCCCCCGGGGCCACAACUCAGAUCAAACCACAGACAAAAGAAGGAGUUGUAGAAGGUGACACCAUAGAGGUCAAGUUCUUCGGCUCUAGUCUAUGGGAGGCGGAGUACGAGACGCAAGGAGACCUGUUGCUUAUAGAGGGACUGAAGAAACCCGCUGUGGUACAUGAAGCUGGGUUGCUCAUUACUGCUAAUGAUGGUGUUAAGUUAAACAUCCAACGUCUGAAAGUGAACGGCAAAAUGAUCAACGCCCAAAACUUCUUCAAAGCAAACGAAGACAAAAUCACUUUAGAACUGACUGCCGAAGAAAAACAAUUCGUGGAAAACGUGCGAGACAUAUGGAAGGCUAUACUACGGAUCGACAUUGAAAACGACACGGACUUCUUCGCGUCAGGGGCCGGCUCCAUGGACGUCGUACGACUAGUCGAGGAAGUUAAAGACAUAGCCGAAUUAGAGUUACAAAACGAAGAUAUAUACAUGAACACGACUUUCGAAGAGUUCUACAACACAGCGAUAUUGAAAUCUAGAGGAGGGUCAGCUAGUAAGGAAAUUAUCUACGAUGGAGUUGAAAUGGAGUGUAAUAAAAUGAAGAUUAAGUUCCCGACGCAAUUAUUUAUCGAUGGCAAGUUUGUGGAUGCUGAUAGCGGAAAGACUUUGACUCUGAUUAAUCCGACGGAUGAGAGCGUGAUUUGUAAGGUACAGAGUGCUUCGGUCAGUGAUGUUGAUAAGGCCGUGAAGGCGGCUAAGAAGGCGUUUGAAGAAGGAGAAUGGUCGAAGAUUAGUGCGCGGGAGAGAGGGCAACUGUUGUUCAAACUAGCAGACCUAAUGGAGCAGCACAAAGAAGAACUCGCGACCAUAGAGACCAUAGACUCAGGCGCAGUAUACACUCUGGCACUGAAGACACACGUCGGCAUGUCCAUAGACACGUGGCGGUACUUCGCGGGCUGGUGUGACAAGAUACAAGGGUCCACCAUACCUAUUAACCAUGCUCGACCUAACAGGAAUCUCGCAAUCACUAAGAAGGAACCUAUCGGCGUAUGCGCACUGGUAACACCGUGGAACUACCCUCUCAUGAUGCUGUCGUGGAAGAUGGCCGCCUGUCUCGCUGCUGGCAACACUGUUGUCAUGAAACCUGCUGCCGUAUGUCCGCUAACAGCUUUAAAGUUCGCGGAGCUAUCCGCUCUGGCGGGCAUUCCCCCGGGAGUCAUCAACAUCCUGCCCGGCAGCGGCGCCGUCUGCGGACAGGCGCUCGCCGACCACCCGCUAGUCAGGAAACUGGGCUUCACUGGGAGCACGGAGAUCGGUCAGACUAUAAUGAAGUCUUGUGCAGCUUCCAACAUGAAGAAGGUGUCUCUUGAGUUGGGCGGCAAGUCGCCGCUCGUUAUAUUCGAAGACUGUGAUCUCGACAAGGCCGUCAGAAAUGGCAUGGCAUCAGUAUUCUUCAACAAAGGCGAGAACUGUAUAGCAGCGGGCCGCUUGUUCGUGGAGGAGAGCAUUCACGACGAGUUCGUACGACGCGUGGUCGCAGAGACCAAGAAGAUCAGCAUCGGGGACCCGCUGCACAGGGGCACUGCGCAUGGACCGCAGAACCAUAAGGCGCAUAUGGAUAAACUUAUUGAGUUCGUAGAGCGCGGUGUCGCGGAAGGCGCGACGCUGGUGCUGGGCGGUAAGCGCGCGGACCGCAAGGGGUACUUCUUCGAGCCGGCCAUCUUCACAGGAAUCGAGGACCACAUGUGGAUCGCUAAGGAGGAAUCCUUCGGCCCUAUCAUGAUCAUCAGCAAGUUUAGCAGCAAAAACUUGGACGACGUGAUCCGUCGCGCUAACAACACAGAGUACGGUCUCGCUAGCGGCGUGUUCACUCGCGACGUGUCCCGCGCCAUGCUGUUCGCCGAGCGCAUCGACGCCGGCACUGUCUUCGUCAACACUUACAACAAGACCGACGUCGCCGCGCCCUUCGGAGGGUUCAAGCAGUCCGGAUUUGGAAAGGACUUAGGUCAGGAAGCAUUGAACGAGUACCUCAAGACGAAAUGUAUAACAAUCGAAUAUUAGAAUAACUCUUAUUAAUAUUUAACAAUCAAAUAAUGUAUUAAUUAUUACUUUAAGUAUAUAUUUAUGACAUGUACAUAGAUAGUAUGUAAGAGGGUAUUCACUAAGUUAUAUGAAAUGUAAUGAAAAUGACUACGAAAUAAAUAAUACACGAAUUUAUUCAAAAA